GAUGCCCCGAGUCCCGGCCCCACCCCCGGCCAGCCUGCGGUCUAACCGCUGCCCAGUGCUUCCUGAACCCUCCCGGGAGGCCGAGGGCCCCAGCCGCUGGGAUCCUGGCCCCAGGGUGGUCCCCGAGGUCACGCCAGUCCUGAAGCAGUCAAGGCUGGAGGGAGCCGGAGAGAGCAGCUCUGCUCAGAGCCCUCCCCCACGUGUGUGGUCCCCUGCAAGUGCCCACCCACCUUCCCGCAGCACCAUGAGUGGCCCUGAGCCAGGCGCCGAGAGCCCGGAGUCCGACCACCUGCCCUGGUCAGCUCAGCCCAUCUACAGCAACCUCGGAGAGGUGCGUGCCCACCUGCUGCCCUCCAAGGCCUGCCGCCCCCGGACUCCCAGGUCCCUCUCCUCUGACCCCCAGCCCCCACCCCCGCCCCUGCCCAAGAAGACCCUCGCCCGAACCCAGUCCCUGCCCACCCGCAGGGCCCCCGGCCCCAGCUUGGCCCGAGCAGGGCAGCCUUGGCGGCCCCUCCAGAGGUCCCCCAGUGAGGACGUGAGCCGGGCCACGGCGCUGACCUUGGACGGACCCCGUGCCGCGCUGGGCCUCUCCGCCCACCCCCUGAACAGCCCCGAGGCCGUGCAGGCCGCACUGGCCGCCCGGCAGCUGGACGCCCUCCGUGACAUCCAUGCGAGGCUCCGAGCCCGGCUCAUGGGUGGCCGCCCGGGCCCCUGCCUCCCGGGCCACAGCUUCCGCCUGCUGGACAGCUUGCCCUGCGUGGAGAGCGGGGAGGCCCUCUACUACCGCGUGGUGCGCGUGGACGGGGUGGCCUGGCACGUCCUGGCUGCCAAGGUGCCCAAGCCGGGAGCGACCGUGCCCCACCCAUGGGGCGUGGAGCUGCAGGCCUCGCUGCCUCCACACUUCAACCUGCAGGGGCUGUGUGGCUUGGUGCCCGAGGGCGCACUGCCGCUGGCGCCCUGGAGAGGUCCCGCGGUGCUGGCCGCGGAGGUGCCAGAGCGUACAGUGGCGCAGUGGCUGGCAGAAGUCGGCGCACAGCGGCCGGCUGAGUCUGCGUGGGAGGUGGCCCUCUUGUUCCUGCAGCUGAGCGCCGCCCUGGAGCGCCUGGAGGCGCAGGGCGCGACCCUGCUGGAACUGCGGCCAGAGAACCUGCUGCUGGCGGCGCCGCGGGGCUGUGGGCCAGGACCCCCGCGCCUGCUGCUUGCCGACUUUGGCUGCGUCUGCCAGCGGCCCCAGGGAUCCCUGGGCGCCCAUGCGCUGCAGAUGGGUCGCCUGCUCCGCACACUGCUGGGCCCGGCCACGCCCUCGGCCACACCGGUGGCCGUGGGCCUGGAGCGCCUGGUAGCCCAGCUGCCCCGAAGGCGGCCCUCGGCGGCUCAGACGCGGGGUGCGCUGCAGACACUGCUCUGGGGGCCGGGGCUUGAGCUGCGUGGCCGCGGGGCACCGCUGGGGCCCUGGCUGCGGGUUCGCCGCGCGCUGCUGGUGGUGCACCUGGCGGAGCGCGCUGCAGGCGGGGAGGCGCCGGGCCUGGAGGACUGGCUGUGCUGUGAAUACCUGGCCGAGGCCACCGAGGCCUCGCUGGGCCGCGCCCUGGAGCUGCUGUGGGACUGACCCCAAGGAAGAGUGCACACCUACCUGUCUCCAGGCCUGCUGGAGAAGCAGCACCCCCUUCCCAGGACUGGGACAGGCCAGCAUCGCCAUCAGAGUGCAGGAGGCCAGCAACCAGCACAGGGUGUUGCUCCCACCUGGGCCGAACUCACCGCCCCAAAGGCCCCAGCAGAAAAGUCCCAACCCACAUCUCUAAGCAAAUAAAGCGCCUCCGGGCCCUUGCUAGCGUC